AAGAACAGUAGGCCAGAUAUGGGCCAUCGCUGCUGCAGCAAACAGAAAGUCAAGAGAGGUUUAUGGUCUCCUGAAGAAGAUGAGAAGCUCAUCAAACACAUAACCACCCAUGGCCAUGGUUCGUGGAGUUCAGUUCCAAAACUUGCUGGCUUGGAUAGGUGUGGAAAGAGUUGCAGGUUAAGAUGGAUAAACUAUCUGAGACCAGAUCUAAAAAGAGGUUCAUUUUCUGCACAAGAGGAGAGGAUCAUCAUUGAUGUCCAUAGGAUUCUUGGCAACAGAUGGGCUCAGAUAGCCAAGCAUUUGCCAGGCAGAACAGACAAUGAAGUUAAAAACUUUUGGAACUCUUGCGUUAAGAAAAAGCUCAUUGCACAAGGUUUAGAUCCCAACACUCACAACCUCCUUCCUUGUCAUAAAACCAUUAACAAUCACUACAAUGGAUGCAAUUUGUCGCAUCCCAAACCCACUUCAGUUUUCUCUGUAAAUUCACAAAUGGAAGAUGCUUUCAUGGACAUGAACACUCCAUUUUCGACAUUACUUUCUCUUCUUCCAAGUGAUCCAAGCACUCAUUUCCCGCAUGACAGUCCAAACAUUCCAAUCUAUGAACUCCAAAGCCCUCAUUUUGUAUGGACAAUCCAAGAACAAAAUCCAAACGCUUUCAUGGACUCCUCAAUGGGAACAAGUACAGUUCCAAUCUCGAUCUCUCCUCCCACAAAUCCAUCUGGGUUUGGAAUUCUUGAAGACAACUGCCUCUGGAGUAAUCCUAGUAGCCUUCAACGUAUUGAGGUCAGCAGACAGGAUGAAAUGUUGCAGCUAGAGCAGCAAGCUGUGAAGAAUCCACAGCACGAGAAGGCUAGUGAAGUGCAAAUGGAAAAUGCCCAUAUAUUGAACAUGGACGCUUCAUUUAGGAGCUCUAACUUUGGUUUUGAUUUUGUGGAGUCCCCAGGAAUGUCUUGUGGCAUGCAUUACAACACAAGUCCAGUGGAUGGAUUUGCAUGGGAUUGUUAGCUGACUUAGCUCCUCCCUUCUUCCCUCUUAAAUAUGGAGCUCUAACUUUGGUUUUUGAUUUUGUGCAGUCCAUACUAAUGCCCUUUUGGUAUGUGCUAUAAUAUUGUGAGUCUCGUAAAUCAAUUUGCAUGGGAUUGUCUUUACCCCCGGCCUCU